CUGUUGAGCUCCAUCUUGUUACUUUUCCCGCUUUCCCGCCCUCAACUCCACCUCAACCGCGCGCGCGCUCCUCCAUAGAGCUUCAGCUUGAGCUUUGAGCUUCGGCUCCACGACGACUUACUUCUCGAACCGACGUCCUAAACAACUCACUUGAGUCUCCUUCGGCUUGACUACUUUAAAAUAGUCGCCUUAUCCUCUUUCCAACAUCCAACUCAUCACCCUCACACAUACACAUCUUCUGAGCUCCAAGCUCAACCACCACCAAAAUGGCCUCCGAACUCUUCCCCGACACCAUAACCCCCGAAACCCUCCCCCAACUCCUCCAAUCCGACACCAUGGUAAAAGUCGCCGGCGUAGACGUCGACGGCAUCCUCCGCGGCAAGCUCGUCUCCAAGAAGAAAUUCCUCUCCAUCGCAGAAGCCGGCUUCGGUUUCUGCUCCGUCAUUUUUGGCUGGGACAUGCAUGACAAGACGUAUAUCCGCGAGCUCAAAAUCUCCAACGCCGAGAAUGGGUACCAUGAUCUUCUUGCUGUGCCGGAUUUGUCUACUUUUAGGAGGAUUCCUUGGGAGGAUAAUGUUCCCUUCUUUUUGGUUGAUUUUCUUGACCCUGAUACCAAGAAGCCUAUUUGCGCUUGUCCGCGUGGUUUGAUCAAGACACAACUCGAUAAGCUCAAGAGCCAUGGUUACGGUGCGAUGGCAGGCGCCGAAUAUGAAUUCUACCAGUUCAAGAACCCCGACCCAUCAACAUCCUCCCCGGCCGCCUACCUCCAAGAAAACCCCCCACACCAGCUCCCCGCGCUGACUGAGGGCAUGUUUGGCUACUCCCUAACCCGCCCCGUUCACAACCAAGAGUACUACUACGACGUCUUCAACACGUGCGCCCAGUUCUCUUGCGACAUUGAGGGCUGGCACACAGAGUCUGGCCCCGGCGUGUUCGAGGCUGCCCUCGAGUUUGGAGAGAUCUCGCAGAUGGCUGAUCGGGCUGCGCUGUUCAAGUACGUUGUCAAGAGUGUUAGCACAAAGUAUGGUAUCACGCCUUGUUUCAUGGCGAAGCCUAAGCAGGGACUUCCUGGAAACAGCGGCCACAUGCAUGUCUCCCUCGUCGACAAGGCCGGCAAGAAUCUCUUCGCUCGCGACACACUCGAUGAAAACGCCCAAUGGAAGGACAUUGCCGGCCUCUCAGAUCUCGGACGACACUUUCUCGCCGGCAUCCUCGUCGGUCUGCCAGACAUAAUGCCUCUCCUCGCCCCAACAAUCAACUCGUACAAACGCCUAGUCGAAAACUUCUGGGCACCCGUAACCGUCUCCUGGGGUCUUGAGCACCGCGCAGCCUCAAUCCGCCUCAUCACCCCACCAACCUCGAAACCCUCAGCCACGCGGUUCGAAGUCCGCGUCCCAGGCGCCGACACGAACCCUCACUUUGUGCUGGCUGCGGUUCUCGGCUGCGGCUGGCGCGGCGUCGAGAAGAAGCUCGAGAUCCCCACCCCGCCGCUCGCCAUGGGUCAAGACGUCGGUGGAGAGGCGGAUCAGGGCGAGAGGCUUGCCAAGAGUCUCAAGGAGGCUACGACGCGCUUCAUGGCCAAGGGUAGCAUCGCGAGGGAAGUGUUUGGAGAUGACUUUGUGGAGCAUUUCGGCGGUACAAGAGAGCACGAGAUUCGUCUGUAUGACGAAGCUGUAACGGAUUGGGAAAUGAAGCGCUACAUUGAAACGGUCUAGUUAACCGGUGCAUGGGGUUGUUAUUGUUUACUGUAUUGUCGAUUUAGAGCGUAUUUGUUGGGUACACUUCUGUACCAUGAGCCAUACUUGAAACGAAUUGAGAUGAAUUCAAUCAUCGGGAGCCAUCCUGGGGACCGAGAGAUACCCAAGAAUAGCUUGUGUUGUUCA